AUGAAGAUUAGUUUUUGUCCUCACGCCAUGGAACAAAGACGACAGGCUGAAAGAAGAGGUGGGGUUGAAGGAAUGCUCUUUUCUUUAUUAUUAUUUUGGUGUUGCAGUUAUGCUUCUGGACAGUUUCGUUAUUCAAUCUCUGAGGAGGUUCAAGAAGGAACAGCGGUUGGAAACAUCGCUAAGGAUUUAGGUCUUGAUAAGAAUGCGCUGAAGGAGAGGGGGGUCCGCAUUGUCUACGGCUCGAAUGAGCCUCCGUUCAGCGUCAGUCCAGAUGAUGGUGUUUUAUAUGUGAACCGAAGAAUUGACCGAGAGGAAAUGUGCGACCGCAGCAAGGUUUGUGCUGUUGAUUUGAAAACGGUGUUACAAAACCCGCUGGAGAUCCAUCACGUCACCGUAGAGAUUUUGGAUGUUAACGAUCACGCACCGAGCUUCCCGGAGAAGAAAACUAAUCUAGAGGUUUUUGAAUCAGCUUCGCCUGGAUCGAGGUUUCAGUUACAACCAGCGCGUGAUGCUGACAGUGGUUUAUUAUCAGUCCAUCAAUAUAAGUUAAGUUCAAAUGAUUUUUUUCGUUUAGAGGUGAAAGAUCGGGGAGAGGACCGUAAAACACCCAGUUUGGUUCUUGAAAAGCCCCUUGACAGAGAAUCAGUAAAAACCCACUUGCUGCUUCUGACGGCAGUAGAUGGAGGGAAACCUCCGAGAUCUGGAAACAUGACAAUAAUUGUUCAUGUUUCAGAUGUUAAUGAUAACCCACCGGUUUUCAGUCAGGAGUCUUAUGUUGCUCAUUUAAGUGAAAACUCUGCUGUUGGUACUACUGUCAUCCAAGUUAAUGCCACCGAUUUAGAUGAAGGCUCAAAUGGACAGGUUGUGUAUUCAUUUGGGAAUCAUGUUGAUGUACGAGUGCGUGCACAUUUUGAUUUAAAUCCCACCACUGGAGUCAUUGUUGUGGCAGGACCAAUCGAUUAUGAGGAGAGCAGCAGAUAUGAAAUUGAUGUUCAGGCAUCUGACAAAGGUGCAGCCACACUGAAAACUGACAAAACAAUAAUAAUUAAUAUUAUUGAUUUAAAUGAUAAUGCACCAGAAAUGGAAGUGACCUCUUUUUCAAAAGACUUGCCAGAAGAUUCAAAGCCAGGAACAACAGUGGCAUUGAUUAGUGUAAAAGACUCUGACUCUGGUCUGAAUGGAAAAGUGACGUGUUACAUCAACCAGGACCUCCCCUUUCUGCUCACGCCAUCUUUACAACACAACAUCUAUUCUUUAGUGACUAAAAAUAUUUUAAACAGAGAGCAGCAAUCCCAGUAUAAUGUGCUGAUUGUUGCUAAAGAUGGAGGAGAGCCAUGUUUAUCAUCAGAGAAGAUUAUUCCCAUUGUUGUGUCAGAUGUUAACGACAACAGCCCAGAGUUUACACAGAGCCCAUAUACUUUCUAUAUAACUGAGAAUAACACCCCUGGAGAGAGGCUUUUCUUAGUGGCAGCCCAGGAUCAGGAUGAAGGCAGCAAUGCUCUUAUUUCUUAUUUUCUCAUGAGGAACAGAGAAGGAGCAAAUAUGCUCACUUCUUUCUUAAAUGUGAAUUCAGAAACCGGAGACAUUGUGGCUCUGAGAAGUUUCGACUUUGAAACUGUGAAAACGUUCCAGUUCCAAGUUGUGGCCUCAGACUCUGGAAGUCCGUCCCUGAGCAGCAACGUGACAGUGAACGUGUUCAUUCUGGAUCAGAACGACAACGCUCCAGUCAUCCUGUAUCCAGUCAGCUCCAACGGUUCUGCUGAAGGUGUGGAGGAGGUUCCCCGCAACGUGAACGCAGGACACUUGGUGACUAAAGUCAGAGCCUAUGAUGCUGAUAUAGGAUAUAAUGGCUGGCUGCUGUUCUCACUGCAGGAAGUGACUGACCACAGUCUGUUUGGUUUGGACCGCUACACAGGACAGAUCAGAACACUUCGCUCAUUCACAGAGACAGACGAGGCUGAGCAUAAACUGCUCAUCCUGGUCAAAGACAAUGGCAACGUUUCACUGUCAGCAACAGCUACUGUCAUUGUCAAAGUGGUGGAGCCCAAAGAGGCUUUUGCAGCUUCUGAUGUGAAGAGUUCAGCCAAAGAUGAUGAGGAGACUGAUGUGACUUUUUACCUGAUGAUCACUUUGGGCUCAGUGUCGGUUCUGUUCCUCAUCAGCAUCAUCGUGCUGAUUGCAAUGCAGUGCUCCAAGUCCACAGAAUAUACUUCUAAAUAUCUCCAAGAGGCUAAUUAUGAUGGGACACUGUGUCACAGCAUCCAGUACAGAUCUGGAGACAAACGCUACAUGUUAGUAGGACCCAGGAUGAGUGUAGGAUCUACUAUAGUACCUGGAAGUCACGCAAACACUCUGGUGCUGCCUGACAGGAGGAACACUUCUGAGGAGGUAAGACAUUUGGAUACUUUUGUUAUCCACAUUUGA